GUCAGACCUGCCACUGAUGUUAGUAGCAGCAACUCCAAGAAGAGAAAACUAAAUAGCAACAGUAUCGAGUGAGAAGUUGAAUCCAUCUCCUCUUGCUCCUCCCUUCUUUCCAGAAGCAACUCCUCCAUAUCAUCUAUUAUUACUACUACCACCUCCCUUUUUUCAUCUGGGGUCUCUUCCAACCAUCACCUGCAGAAGAAGUUGUGCUUUAAGGACUCAUUGGACCUUUUUGGACUUGAUGUGAAGAUGGCCGAAGAGUCUUCCCAGCAGCAGCUCAAAAACAAAAGUCUCUUAAUUUCCUCUGUAGCUGUGGGACAUCACACAAAUGGCCUGACCAAAGCUACCUCCUCUACUGUUUCCAGUUUUGCCAAUGGUAAACCUGGGUCAUCCAAGAAGUUAGUGAUCAAGAACUUUAAAGAUAAACCUAAACUGCCUGAAAAUUACACAGAUGAAACCUGGCAAAAACUGAAAGAAGCUGUAGAAGCUAUUCAAAACAGUACUUCCAUUAAGUACAACUUAGAAGAGCUCUAUCAGGCUGUUGAAAAUCUCUGCUCAUAUAAGAUUUCUGAAAAUUUGUACAAGCAAUUAAGACAGAUUUGUGAAGACCAUAUCAAAGCACAGAUCCAUCAGUUAAGAGAGGAUUCAUUGGACAGUGUUCUUUUUCUCAAGAAAAUAGACAAAUGUUGGCAAGACCACUGUAGACAAAUGAUAAUGAUUAGAAGUAUCUUUUUGUUCCUGGAUCGAACAUAUGUUCUUCAAAAUUCAAAGCUGCCAUCAAUUUGGGAUAUGGGGCUAGAAUUGUUUAGGGCACAUAUAAUUAGCGAUCAGAAAGUCCAAAACAAGACCAUUGAUGGCAUUCUUCUGUUGACUAAGCGAGAGAGAAAUGGUGAGGCUAUUGACAGGAGCCUGCUUCGCAGCCUCCUCAGCAUGCUUUCAGAUCUUCAGAUUUAUCAGGAUUCUUUUGAGCACAGAUUCUUAGAAGAAACGAAUCGCUUAUAUGCAGCAGAAGGACAGAGGCUUAUGCAAGAGAGAGAGGUUCCAGAAUACCUCCAUCAUGUCAACAAACGCUUGGAGGAAGAAACAGACAGGAUUAUCACUUACUUGGAUCAAAGCACUCAGAAACCACUAAUUGCUACUGUAGAAAAGCAGCUGCUAGGUGAACAUUUAACAGCCAUUCUACAGAAAGGUUUAAAUCACCUCCUAGAUGAAAACCGAAUUAAGGACUUGUCUCUAUUAUAUCAGUUGUUCAGUAAGGUGAAAAAUGGAGUACAAGCUCUCUUGCAGCAGUGGAUUGAGUAUAUAAAGAUAUUUGGAAGCACCAUAGUAAUAAAUCCAGAAAAAGACAAAACCAUGGUCCAAGAACUGCUGGACUUUAAGGAUAAAGUUGAUCAUAUAAUUGACAUUUGCUUUUUGAAGAAUGAGAAGUUUGUCAAUGCCAUGAAAGAAGCCUUUGAAACGUUCAUCAACAAAAGACCAAAUAAACCUGCUGAACUUAUAGGUACAGCUAAGUAUGUGGAUUCAAAGCUUCGUGCAGGAAACAAAGAGGCUACUGAUGAAGAGCUUGAAAAGAUGUUGGAUAAAAUUAUGAUUAUAUUUAGGUUCAUCUAUGGAAAGGAUGUUUUUGAGGCAUUUUACAAAAAAGAUCUAGCAAAGCGGUUAUUGGUAGGCAAAAGUGCAUCAGUAGAUGCUGAAAAAUCUAUGCUUUCCAAGCUCAAACAUGAAUGUGGAGCUGCUUUCACAAGCAAACUUGAAGGAAUGUUUAAAGACAUGGAGCUUUCUAAAGACAUCAUGAUACAGUUUAAGCAGUAUAUGCAAAAUCAGAAUGUACCUGGUAGCAUUGAACUCACAGUGAAUAUCUUGACUAUGGGCUAUUGGCCAACCUACGUGACUAUGGAGGUCCUCCUGCCAUCAGAGAUGAUAAAACUGCAGGAGAUAUUCAAGACAUUUUAUCUAGGAAAGCACAGUGGCAGGAAACUACAGUGGCAAUCAGCAUUAGGACACUGCGUACUCAAAGCAGAAUUUAAAGAGGGCAAAAAAGAGCUACAGGUCUCAUUGUUCCAGACUUUAGUGCUGCUUAUGUUUAACGAAGGUGAAGAAUUCAGUUUAGAGGAGAUAAAACAAGCUACUGGAAUAGAGGAUGGAGACCUUCGACGAACCCUCCAGUCAUUAGCCUGCGGCAAGGCCAGAGUGCUAACAAAAAGCCCCAGAGGCAAAGAUGUGGAAGAUGGCGACAAAUUUAUUUGCAAUGAUGACUUCAGACAUAAGCUAUUCAGGAUAAAAAUCAAUCAGAUCCAGAUGAAAGAAACGGUAGAAGAACAAGCAAGCACUACAGAGAGGGUAUUUCAGGAUCGGCAAUACCAAAUUGAUGCCGCAAUUGUGAGAAUCAUGAAAAUGCGCAAGACUUUGAGCCACAAUCUUCUUGUGUCUGAAGUAUACAACCAACUGAAAUUCCCAGUAAAGCCCACUGACCUUAAGAAGAGAAUAGAGUCGCUAAUUGACAGGGACUACAUGGAAAGAGACAAGGAGAAUCCAAACCAGUACAACUAUAUUGCAUAAAUACACAAUGUGUCUUUUUCUUUCUUUUCUGCACACUUGAUGUUCUACUUGGCCUGUUGAUCCCAUUAAACCUUUUCUAUUACCAGUGAUGGAAAUGAAAGCAACGUAACCGGGGGAGGAGGGUACAUAGUAGAGUGGACUUUCUAAGUGGAUUUAACAUGCCCAUUUUAAGAAUAGAAAUUACAUUUUAAGAAUAAUGCUGCUGAACUCUUUGCAUGAUGUUUGGUAUGAUGUGCAGAAAACUGUAAGGAAGUAUCUGGUCUUUGUGAUACCAUUGGGCACUUGGUUUAAAGCAGCCCUUCUUUAGUAUAUGAUGAUUGUCCCUUUUCCAUCUUGAAACAAUGUAAGGGUAAAAUAUAAACUUUUUCCUUUUCUUAAAGUAGUCUUUAAAAAUGCAUAAACUGCAUGCACAUUUAACUGCUGUAUAAAAAUGUUGGAUGUGUUUUCACACAUUAGUUUGAAUAAUAAACAUCAGCUUCAUGCUCAUCUGA